AUGCCGGAUCAUUCAACGGCUUAUAUAGGGACAGCCUUUGCGGCUGGAGUAUGCCUAGCUCUCGCAUACCAGGAGCUUUCGCGUUCAAAAUGUGAAGGAAAAUCACAGGAACAACCACAACCUCAAGCACAAGGCCUGGAAGCCCGAGCCGGUCCGCCGGCUAUUGUCGAAGGCAUUGAGGGCUGCAUUGGGAACACGCCUCUCUUCAGAAUCAAAUCACUAUCAGAUGAAACAGGAUGCGAAAUCCUCGGCAAAGCAGAGUUUCUGAACGGCGCCGGUCAAAGCUCUAAAGACCGAGUAGCGUUGAGCAUGAUUCAAAUUGCGGAAGAGCAAGGUAUUUUGACGCCUCAUGCAGGCGAUACCAUCUACGAAGGUACAUCAGGAUCAACAGGUAUCUCGCUAGCGACUCUCGCCCGCGCAAAGGGAUACCUGGCACACAUCUGCCUGCCUUCGGACCAGGCAAUAGAAAAGUCCAAUCUACUCCUCAAACUCGGCGCAAUUGUCGACCGGGUGCCCCCGGCACCGAUUGUGGAGAAAGACAACUUUGUGAAUCGCGCUCGAGCAUUGGCAAAGACGCAUACAGCUUCUUCUGGCCUUGAGUCCACGUCAGAAGAUGAUCUCCCCACCGAUGAGCGUAUGACUCGUGGCCGUGGCUUCUUUGCCGAUCAGUUUGAGAAUGAAGCUAAUUGGCGUGCUCACUACGAUGGUACUGGUCCGGAACUAUAUGCCCAGUGUGGUGGUCGGAUCGAUGCUUUCGUAGCCGGGGCCGGGACUGGCGGGACAAUCUCCGGUGUGGCACGCUUCCUGAAGCCUUUGUUGCCCAAGCUUGAGGUUGUCCUGGCUGAUCCACAAGGAAGUGGGCUGUUCAACCGCGUCGUUUAUGGUGUCAUGUUUGACGUGAAGGAGCGAGAGGGCACAAGGCGUCGUCGACAGGUCGAUACAAUCGUUGAAGGAAUCGGGAUUAACCGUGUGACUGCGAACUUUGAGGCCGGCAAGGAAUUAGUCGAUGACGCAGUACGUGUUACGGAUGCCCAGGCUCUGGCCAUGGCCCGGUGGCUUGUUGAAAAGGACGGUAUCUUUAUCGGAAGCAGUAGUGCGGUGAAUUGCAUUGCCGCUGUCAAGACGGCAAGAAAACUAGGCCCUGGCCAUAGAAUUGUCACAGUACUCUCCGACUCCGGGUCACGGCAUCUGUCUCGAUUCUGGGCCAAGGCUGGAGACGUCGGUGGGGCCACCGAUACCAAACUUGAGGAUGUAAUGAAUGCCCGGGAUGAAGACUUCGAAUAG